CCCUCCGCCCAUCUCUUUUAUCUCAUCCUCUCCGCCUCCCCCUCCGCCGCAUAUUUCACAUCUCGUCCUCUUCUUCUGUUCUUACAUCCAUCAAUUUGCUGCGCUCUCCGCCUCGGCCGCGUUCGGAUAAACUGCGACUCCACGUCCUUUCCUCCCUCUGGUAAUAUCCAGGGAUCCCGCUUCCCCCGCCCACUUUACCGAGCCCAUGUCGUCGGCCGCCGGCGCCGCCUCGAAGAGAGCGUUGCUCGCCGAGGACGCCCCGUGGAGGGCCUCUCCCACCGGCAGGAAGCCCGUCCCCAGAAUCCACCUAAACCCCGUCCUCCGAGUUCAACAGAACCCUAGAACCAACUACGCCGUCGCCGUCAUGAAGCAUCCUGACCCUGUAGGCGGAGGGUUCGCUAUGGAGGCGAGGCUGGAAGCCGCGGGGCCAGAUUGUAUCGUACCGGGACUGGCUACGCCUGUGAAGUUGCUUGGAAUCAAGGUAUGGCCGAUAGACAUCAAUAUUAAAUUUAUGGAACCAGUUGGAAGGGAACUUCAGGUUCUUGGAAAGUUUAUGGAUUCAGCAGUUAACCUCAUGAAUGCAUCAUUCCAAGAUCGCUAGGCAAUAUUGUUGGUGACUUGGCAUUGGCCUCAGGUUAUAUAGCUGACAGGAAUCCUAAGCUGUGUUGUGGCGACUUUGUGGCAGGAUCUAAUAUCUUGUAAAAUUGGAGAGAGAUCAUUUGCGACGGUGGUCACUGUGAUAAUAUAUAUUUAUUCUUUUUUCCAGAACAGAAACAUACAUUUGUUAUGUUUUCCUUGCAGUGAACCAGUUACAAUUACAAAGUUGGGUGUUUUCUUA